AUGUACAUCUUCAGCACCCUGAAGUUCAUAAACUUUAAGCUUGGAGUCCCGGAGCAGUAUUAUCUGACGGUAUUCAGCGGUGAUUUCUUGACACAAUCAGUUAAGGUUAGCCGAUUCAUUCUCAGGGAUAGUGAGCACUUGGAGUCUACCGUUGUGGACAUAUUGGACUUGAAUCCAGCGGAUGUGGUAUCGCGCGGAUGCACCCCCAAAGAAUUGCUGGAGCACUCCCUUUGGCCAAAUGGACCUCCAUUUCUACUGAAUCGAGCGUCGAACUGGCCCUCCCUAUUAGAUGCAGUAAAGAACCUUCCGGAACGGCAUUCCACGGCGCUAAUUGGAACCGUUGGCACUGACAUAUCUAUCAACUGCAAGUUUCUCAACUCAUUCGACAAGUUGCAAGCCAAAUCAUUACCUUCAACCAUCUAUCUUACCAUUGACGAGAUCAGCUUCGGAACCGUUCUGCUUCUAAGAAGCAUUCAACAGGUUCACAUAGCGGUGGAGUAUGAGGUUCUUAGCCAAGGCAAGCCUUGUCCUCCAAAGAGCAAGUUGAUUUCUCUGAUGCCAAUACUUAGCUCUGAGGGUUUACUUCGUGACCACAGGCGUUGCUCGCUGCUACGGCAAAGGUAUUGGCCACUUGGAGGCCGAAAGUUCGUGGCUAGUGUCAUCAACAAAUGCGUCAGAUGCUUUCGGAUGAAGCCUGUGGCUUGGGAACAUGUGAUGGGUAGCCUGCCAGCAGGUCGAGUUCAGCCUAACCCAGCUUUUCACACCACAGGAGUGGACUAUUGUGGACCGUUCUAUCACAAGUCAGAGGCCCGGAACAAAGCACCCCACAAGUGCUACAUCGCCGUCUUUGUCUGCUUUUCGACGACGGCUGCGCACUUGGAAGUCGUCCAGGAUCUCAUUAACCUUAGAGGCAGUUCUCUUACUAUUUGGAGUGAUAAUGCGACAAACUUUGUUGGCGCUAAACGAGAGCUAGCAGAACUGAAGGAGUUAUUUUUGAGCGAACCGCACACGGCUUCGAUAACUUCUUCCUGCUUAGCGAAUAAGAUUGAUUGGAAGUUCAUACCCCCGCGUGUCCCACAUUUCGGUGGUCUAUGGGAGGCGGCUGUAAAAUCGGUAAAAUUUCACUUCUACCGAGUUGUCGAAAAUGCUGAAAAUUUUGAGGUGCUAACGCCAGCGCAUUUCCUCAAAGGUUCCAGCUAG